UGCAUCCAACAGUUUGUUAUAAAAUUUCACAUGUAUAAAAGGACAGCCUUAUUAAUGUAACAGCAACAUAGCAACAAUGACAAAGAUAGCAAAUCUUUUAUCACUGUCUUUGUUAUGCCUUGUGGCCUCUGUACAAUGUUAUGGUCGAAAUGGAUUUAAUCCUCUGGAAAAGCUUAUCAAGGCUCAGAAGUCGAAGAGGAUUUCUACUUCUGGUGAUGAGCUUCUGAAUGUUGAGUAUUCGCCUGUUUAUGUUGGACCUCAGGAUGGAUUGAAGGAAGCUGACAAGGUAGAAUUAUUGCCAGGACAACCUGAUGGAGCAAUGUUUGAUCAAUACUCGGGUUAUGUCACCGUUGAUCCAGUUGCUGGAAGGGCACUUUUCUACUAUUUUGCGCAGUCUCAAAAUUCUUCUACUCAGCCUUUGGUUCUAUGGUUGAAUGGAGGGCCUGGCUGUUCUUCAUUUGGAAACGGAGCAAUGAUGGAACUUGGACCAUUUAGAGUGAAUAGUGAUGGCAAAACCUUAUCACAGAACAAGUAUGCUUGGAACAACGAAGCAAAUAUGUUGUUCUUGGAAUCCCCAGCUGGUGUUGGGUUUUCAUACUCCAACACAACGUCAGAUUAUGUAACUGGAGAUACCAAAACUGCAGCGGAUGCUUAUACAUUCAUAAUAAACUGGCUAGAGAGAUUUCCUGAAUACCAGACCCGAGAUUUCUUCAUCACUGGGGAGAGCUAUGCAGGACAUUAUAUUCCUCAAUUAGCUCAACUAAUUCUUCACAACAACAAAAUCACUAACCAGACAGUGAUUAACCUAAAAGGAAUUGCUAUUGGUAACGCAUAUAUAGACGAGGAAACACAAUAUGCAGGAUCUGUAGAUUAUUUCUGGUCACAUGCUAUGGUAUCUGAUGAAAUUCACGAGGGCAUCAUUCUAAACUGCAACUUUUCAGCAUAUGCAAAUAUAUCAGACGCAUGUGAAAGUUACCUUGAUCAAGUAAACAUUGGCGAUAUCUUUGGUUAUGAUAUAUAUGCUCCCUUGUGUGGUUCCACAAGUGGCUCACCCUCGACAUCAGGAUUUGAUCCAUGCACAGAUGAUUAUAUUAACACCUACUUGAACACUCAGAAUGUUCAGACAUCACUUCAUGUCAAUGCUCCUCUGAACUCAUGGGAAUCUUGCAGCGAUAAACUUGAAUGGACGGACUCCCCAGCAACAGUCUUGCCAGUUAUCAAGGAACUAAUGAGCAGUGGCAUCAGUGUUUGGCUAUAUAGUGGGGACACCGAUGGUGUAGUGCCAGUGACAACAACAAGAUACGCAAUAGACCAUCUUCAAACAUCAGUUAAAACGCAAUGGUACCCUUGGUACACUCAGGCUGAGGUGGGAGGAUAUGCAGUUGGAUAUGAAAAUUUGACAUUUGUGACAGUCAGAGGAUCUGGACAUUUUGUUCCAAGUUACCAGCCUUCUCGCGCGCUUGCUUUGUUCUCUUCUUUUCUGGCUGGAGAGCUUCCUCCAUCUAAUGAUGAGAACUGAUCAAGAGUCAGCGAAGUCCAGGAGAGGAGACUUUAAUGUUAUAUUGAACUGCAAAUUGAUUUUAAUAAGAUGUUGGCAGA